AUGCAAAAGCAUCGGAUUGUAACGAGAAUAAACAUUGCUUCCGCCACCCGCAAUCAACCCCCCAGAUUUCAAUAUUUUCCGCAACAACUCCCUCCCAUUUCCCCCACUUCUGCGCUUCUCUAUGCUUCUCCGCGCGCCAUUGCGUUCUCAACCUCCGCGCGCGCCCUCUCCUCCGCUUUAGCUCCUUGCACUCUCCGUGCCGCCGUUCCCUUCGUUGCUCGCGACGUCGCGACUCCACAUUCCACCAUGAGUAAGGUGCACGGAUCGUUGGCGCGUGCCGGUAAGGUGCGCGGGCAGACGCCCAAGGUGGAGAAGCAGGACAAGAAGAAGCAGCCCAAGGGCCGCGCGCACAAGCGCAUGCAGUACAACCGCCGCUUCGUCACCGCCGUGGUGGGAUUCGGCAAGAAGCGCGGCCCUAACUCCUCCGAGAAGUAA